CCGUUCAAGAUGAACUUGAAUGAGUAUAUGGUCGUCGUCGUCUCUUAGGGAUUCGAUUCGCUCUUUCAGCAGAUGGCAACAUCUUCGUCCACGCCAUCAGAAAGGGAAUUUGAGGCAAAGACAACAGUAUGAGAAGCAAGUAGCUCUCUCUGAGAUUGAUUACAGUAGGAAAAUGUUGCUUGAGAAGCUUAAGGAGUACAAAGGGAAAGACUUUGAAGUACUACGCGAGACUACGACUUUUGCUGGAGAAAGAGUUGAUUAUGAGAAUGAUCUCUUACUUCCUCCUUAUCCUGUUCAUCCUCCUGUAUCCAUCGGUUUAGAUAAUAAUGGUUACCUUUCUCACUUACCUUCCAAGAAGAAGUCUGAUGCUAACGGGUUUGGCUCAGGACAUGUGAGAAACGAGGCAGAGGUGAAAAGUCCUGAGGGAGGAUCUGGAGGAGGCUCGGAUCAUGGUGUGAUUCGCUUCCUAGGCUCAGGCUUAUGAUCACCUUGUUGCUGCCAUCAAAGCUGAAAUGAAGCCUGCCAACUAAAAACCAUAUAUUAUAAAAGUUUAAUAUGAAUUGUUGUCAUAACUGUGUGGUUUGGUUUUGAGGUUUAAUAAUAAUAAUUUACAGUGUGCA